GCCGCUCGCACGUGUGGCCGUGGCGGUGCCGCCAUGAGCUGCCCGGUGCCCUGCGCCGCCUGGGUGCGGCGCGGCGUGGCCAAGGAGACGCCCGACAAGGUGCAGCUCAGCGAGGAGGAGCUGAAGGGUCUCAUCGAGGAGGCGCAGGACAGGCUGGGGGAUGGUGCUGGUGGCAGUGAUGAAGGCCAGACAGCAGGUGACACGAAUGCACCCUUGCCUGGCAGCAGCACUAAGUCUUCCCAAAACAAUGAAGAGAUGUCUGAUCAUGAACUGGAUGAAUAUGAUUUGGACAAUUACGAUGAAGAGGGAUACACGGGUGAUUUAAAACUUGGAGACUCUUUGGCUACUCUGGCAGUAUAUGGGAGCAAUGAAAAUGAUCCUUACAUCACUCUGAAAACCACUGAGCAAUAUGAACAGGAGGACUUUUUGAUUAAACCCAGUGACAAUCUUGUCCUUUGUGGCAGAGUUGAUAAAGACUGCUGUAGUUUGGAGGUCCAUGUUUAUAAUCAUGAAGAGGACUCAUUUUAUGUACAUCAUGACAUUAUCUUGCCUGCUUACCCUCUGAGUCUGGAGUGGUUGAAUUUUGAUCCUAGUCCAGAUGAAUCAACAGGAAAUUAUGUUGCAGUGGGUAACAUGACCCCAGUCAUUGACAUUUGGGACCUUGAUGUAGUAGAAUCUUUGGAACCAGUCUUUUCUCUUGGAGGCAAGAAAGAGAAAAAGAAGAAAAAGAAAGGAAAGAAAAGUUUAUCUUCAGAAGGGACAGUGGAAGGACAUACUGAUGCUGUGCUUGAUCUUUCAUGGAAUAAACAAAGCAGGAAUGUUUUAGCAAGUGCCUCUGCUGACAACACAGUGAUUUUGUGGGACAUGGCUGUGGGUAAGCCAGCAGCCAGCCUGACACUGCAUACAGACAAGGUGCAGACAUUGCAGUUUCAUCCGUUUGAAACUCAGACCCUCGUUUCUGGAUCAUUUGAUAAAUCAGCAGUGCUGUAUGACUGCAGAAACCCCCAGGACAGCCAUCGAGUGUGGCGGUUUAGUGGUCAGGUUGAGAGAGUGAUUUGGAAUCAUUUUUCACCUUGCCAUUUCUUGGCAAGCACAGAUGAUGGCUUUGUGUACUGUCUGGAUGCUCGUGCUGAAAAGCCCCUGUUUACUCUGAAAGCUCAUGAUGAAGAGGUGUCAGGGCUACAACUAAGCAGUCAGAUCAAAGGGUGCCUUGUGACAUCAUCUGCUGACAAAUACGUGAAAAUUUGGGAUAUCCUGGGAGACAGACCAAGUUUAGUCCAUUCCAGGGAUAUGAAAAUGGGAGUUCUGUUCUGUGCAGCUUGCUGCCCUGACUUCCCGUUUGUCUUUGCCUUUGGAGGAGAGCGGGAUGGGCUGCGUGUUUGGGAUAUAAGCAAGAUCUCUGCAGUGAAUGAAGUUUUUGGAAACAGAGAGAGGCUCAUCCUGGCUAGUGCCAACUCUGUGGCUUCCAGCUCCACAGCCAGCAGUAGCAGCAAUGAUUUGGAGACAGCAAUGGAAUCAUGAUGGACCAAACAUCAAAGAAUCAAACUAAUAAUGGGACUACAACUAAUGUGCGUUCUGCAAAUGCCCCUGUUUGGUGAGAGCUCGUGGAAAGGACUCUGGUGUCUUGCAGUCUGCGGGCUUCUUCAUCUCAAAGAAAGGUGGUGGUCUGGUUAAGCUCUAAGCUCCAGCCUCUGUCACCAGCUCUGAAAGACUGAAUCACUCACUUUAGCCUGAGAUAAUGAUCCCUGAAACAGGGGCUGCCAUAU